UGUACCAGUUUAGAUAGUUCAACUAAAAAGAACAGACCUAAAAAUAUGUCGACGUAAAAAAUAAAUUAUUCUUCAAACUUACAGAGAGAUAAUCAUUCUUUAAUAAAAAGAAACGAACUGAGAAAUUGAAUAAUCAGUUGACGAUAACAUAUAGAUAAUAGUAUUAUGCAAUAACGUCCCGGUUGGUCACAUGUCAUAUGUUAAACACACCAUCGAGUGUUUGCAACAAAUUACGCCUUAAUAUCGUGUCUCUACGAAAUAAAACAGUCCAAAACAGAAGUCUUCGUACGGCCCUACAUGAGUCAACUAGUAAGUCGUAUCGUUUCUGUCGACAGGCGAGCAUCGACGUUUCGGCAUUUCACACGAGAUUUUCACGUAUCAUCGCGAAACAUGGUUAUCGCCGUUGGAGACAAGCUUCCCAGUGUAGAUCUUUUUGAGAACACACCAGCAAACAAAGUGAACCUAGCAAAAGAAGCAGCUGGGAAAAAAAUCAUUGUGUUUGCCGUACCAGGUGCAUUUACACCAGGAUGUUCAAAAACUCAUCUUCCUGGCUAUAUUGAAAAAGCAGUUGAUCUAAAAUCCAAAGGAAUUUCAGAGAUUUUCUGCAUCAGUGUUAAUGAUCCAUUUGUUAUGGAAGCUUGGGGAAAAGAACAUGGUGCAACCAAUAAAAUACGAAUGCUAGCCGACCCUAAAGCAGAAUUUACAGAUGCUAUAAAUCUCAGCAUGGAUCUGCAAGUCUUAGGAGGCAAGCGCAGCAAACGUUACUCCAUGAUUGUUGAAGAUGGCAUUGUAAAGGAACUCAAUAUGUCAACUGGACCCACACACAAGCAUCGUUAUAAAAAUGUAGGAUUGGAUUCGCAAGAACUGCGAAGACGUAGGGAGGAAGAGGGAGUUCAAUUAAGGAAACAGAAACGGGAGCAGCAAUUAUCAAAACGUCGCAAUGUUCCGAACAUCGUUGCGGAUGACGAUAAUGUUACAGCUACAGACGAAUAUGCACUUCCUACACAACAAUCGCAAUCCGUUGGUAUUAUAACAUCUGAAAUGGUAGAUGCAUUGUACAGCCCUAACAUACAAGAUCAGUUGGCAGCGACGCAGAAAUUUAGAAAAUUGUUAUCAAGAGAGCCGAACCCUCCUAUAGAUGAAGUUAUACAAACUGGAAUUGUGCCGCAAUUCGUUGAAUUCCUUAAAAAUAAUACAAAUUGCACACUACAGUUUGAAGCAGCUUGGGCAUUGACAAAUAUAGCGAGCGGGACAUCUCAGCAAACGCGUGUCGUGAUAGAUGCAGGGGCUGUUCCUACUUUCAUAUCUUUACUUGGUUCUGAAUAUGAAGACGUGCAAGAACAAGCUGUAUGGGCAUUGGGGAAUAUUGCGGGAGAUAGUCCCGAAUGUAGAGAUCACGUGUUGGCCAACGGUAUUCUCCCUCCACUUUUGCAACUAUUAUCGAAAGCAACACGGCUCUCUAUGACUCGCAAUGCGGUAUGGGCAUUAUCAAACCUUUGCCGAGGGAAAAAUCCAGCACCAGCAUUUGCAAAAGUUGCACCGUGUCUACCAGUUCUGGCGCACCUUCUGAAUCAUGCUGACUUUGACGUACUCGCUGAUGCUUGCUGGGCACUCUCCUAUUUGAGCGAUGGUCCAAACGAUAAGAUACAAGCUGUUAUCGAUGCUGGCGUUUGUAGACGCCUCAUAGAACUUCUUAUGCAUGAUCAGAGUAAUGUAAUAAGCGCAGCUCUUCGUGCUGUAGGAAAUAUAGUUACUGGGGAUGAUGUGCAAACUCAAGUCGUAUUAAAUUGCUCAGCAUUACCAUGUCUGUUGCAUCUUUUAAGUUCUCCACGGGAAAGUGUUCGUAAAGAGGCUUGUUGGACAGUCUCUAACAUCACUGCCGGUAAUCCACAGCAAAUUCAAGCAGUGAUUGACGCUAAUAUCUUUCCGGUCUUAAUUGAUAUUUUGGGAAAAGCUGAAUUUAAAACGCGUAAAGAAGCAGCAUGGGCAAUCACGAAUGCUACUAACGGUGGGACGCCAGAUCAAAUUCGAUACCUUGCAAUGCAAGGAUGUAUCCCACCAUUGUGCGAUUUGUUGACUGUUAUGGAUCCCAAAAUUGUGCAGGUUGCUUUGAACGGAUUAGAAAAUAUUUUACGUUUGGGAGAACAAGACGCACCCAUUCACAAUGGUCUUAACCCCUACGCAGUCCUUAUCGAAGAGUGCUAUGGCCUAGAUAAAAUAGAGUUCUUGCAAUCUCAUCAAAAUAUGGAUAUUUAUCAAAAGGCCUUUGAUAUUAUCGAUCGAUUUUUCGGGUCGGAGGAGGAGGAUACUAGACUGGUACCUUCUAUCGAUUCGCAAGGACAAGAAUACCAAUUCACCACACCAGAUUCUUCCCAGCUACCAGUUCAAGGCUUUGAAUUCUAAUCAACUGUCCUUAAACUCUGAAUACAAUAUUUGUUUCGUUAAGUGUUUACGGUUAUUUGUUCUACAGGGAUAUACGAUGUCCCUAAAAUCGGUACAUCGACGCGACAAAUAAUUUUAUGUAUUUGUGCAUACGCUCUAGAGUUCGUUUGUAUCAAACAAUAUUAAUGUUGCCCCAAAGUCAUCUAUUCUUCGUCAAAUUAUGAAGAGCAGUAAAGUCCUUAUAUAUAGUUACUUUUCAUGUUUUCUUUUUUUAUUUUUUCGUUAUUUUAGACAAUAUACUAUAACAUACCGUAUGUUACUAUUUAAAAUUAUAGUUUCCAAAACUACGUCAAAUUGCGGCAAUACUUGUACCUACAAUCUUGGUGCAAUUUGCGUAGAAGCAGUUUACGUACUCAUACUUGCAUGUAUUUAGUAUGAGAUACGUCUCAUCAGGAGUAACAGGAAUAAACAACUUAGCGCUUAAAUAGAAGUGGAGACAAUGAUCAAGACAAUUUGACGAGGCAGACUCACAUACCCUCGUGCGACAUGUGACUGACACAGAAUUACGAAAAUAAUACUUGCAUGGACCUGCAAGGUACUAAACGACUGAAGUACGCGACUAUGUAGCCAACACGGACAACAUUACGCAACGCGGUACUCACCUCCUUACUAUACUAGAUAGAAACAUGACCAAUUAAACUUUUUUACUGUAAAUACGUAUCUCGUAAUUUGAAGACUAUUCUAUACAGAGUGCCCUUAAGAAGCAAAGCAAUAGUCGUAUCUGGCCCCAUCAACGCAAUACUGUAUCAAUUUAUAGAAAAUCCUCAGAGCCUUAGUUACAACUUAUAACAAGUAUGCUUUACAUCGACACAAGAUGUGCGAAGUAUGCGCAGAUUCUUUUGCGUUGACAAUCGCGUAGUAUAUGCCGACCUUAUUCUACGUAUGUUCUUAUUAAUUCAGGAUCACAUAAUGAAUUACUGGAUACCAAAUUAUUAAAUUCUUAAUUAUGAACAUUUGUGAAUAUGUCAAGUAAAUAACUUAUUUUGUUUCAGAAUUUAGAUUCAAAGCAAAAGAACUACAAAUGAUAUUAAACUUUUUGUAUGCAGAUUAUUAAAAAAAAAUGAUCAGUAGUAUUGGGAUUGUACAGCACAUCAUUAGAUUUUGGACAUUCUGUAUAAAAAGUCUACGACUGUAUAAAAUGUAUUUAUUAUUUAGGUUUGACGAUACCAUACUAUAUUAUACGAACUCUAUAUAUACUGUCUACUUUUAGUUACCGAUUUGAAUUAUUACGACAGAGAACGACUGUACUAUAACUCACUAGUUGAAGCUUUGCUAAACGUCCUAUUUUAGCAAGGUGCGCAGCUAUGGGUACUUGUUGCCAAUUUAUAAAAUGCUUAACGAGUAGUAUAUAACGAAUAUAGUUUAAAACAAUUUUCUUUUUUGCCAUUAUGCACGCUAUUUUCUAAAUCAAAUUUUGGAAAAGUUAUACUAUAAUAUUAUUAUUGAAUGAAGUAUAUAGAGAUUAAUUAGAAUUAUUAAGUCUCGAUGAAUAAUUCCGUGAGCAUUCUUCAAAUACAAUGCAAGAUUUUUUUAUCGAAAAAAUAGAAUUUUUUCUAUAUAAUUAAUCAGAGAACAUCUUUAAUUAUAUUUUUACAUUAAUUUUAUAUAUAUAUAUAUAUAUAUAUAUAUAUAUAUAUAAAAUUAAUAUGUGUAUGUGUAUAUAUAUAUACACACAAACACACAUCCAACACUCAUAUUAAAUUGUUUAAAAUACAUGUAGAUUGAUAUAAAAUAUGUAUCUCUAUUUAUGGAAACCUAUUGCUAAUUUUUUCUAUUUGGAAGUGUUGCAUCGCUCAAAAAAGAAAAAGUUGAAAAGCACUGGUUUAAAUAAACAUCGUGAAUAUUAUAUUUUAUUUUCCCAUGGAUCUGUAUGAAGUCUACAAAAGGCUUAUUGAAGUGGAGAAAUAAAUCUGUAUAAAUAGAUCUUGUUAAAAUUUUACAAUUAUCUUAAGUUCAUUUUUUCACCCACUUUGAGAAAACAUCAAAAAGAAAAUGGGUAUAAAAAUGCAGUUAGUAUUUAUAAAAUUUUAUAUAGUACAAGAGAAAGAGGGAGAAUGUGCAUAUCAGAAGAGAAAUAAUCUGCAAUACGAGUUACGUAAAAUUUAUAUGUUAAUCUGUAUAAAAUUAUAAUAUAUAUAUGCGAAUAUAAUUUGUUUAAAUAUAUGUAUAUAUAUAUAUUUUUUGAUAUUUAGGUACUCAAAAUGAACAAGAUAAUUCAAAAUAAGAACUUUCCAGUGAAUAUUUGUUUUACAAUAUAUCGUUUAUUAUACAUAAAUCAUAAUUAACACAAAGUAUUAGUGAAACUGAGUCUUUGUUAUUUGAUCAUAUGUAUAUAAUUUUAUCAAUUCAAGCACGUUCAAUAACGUUUUGCGAUUUUGUGAAUGUCUGAAAUAGUUUUAACUAAAGUAGGGUGUUACUAAUCUUCAUAUAUAUGUGAAAGAUCUUGUAAAUUGGCAAUGAGCAAAAUACGAUACUCGACAUUAUUUAAUUACUGUACGGACUGCUGACUGACAUAUUAACACGAGAAUCUAAUAUCACACACAAUGAAAUCCUGUUGAAUGUAUUUUAUUUUGGAGCUAAAUAAAUGUCAUUCUCGAAAA